GACCGGUGUAGAUGUGAUGUUGGUCAACUGGCAGCGUUUCGCGCAUCGCGUGUACAUUGUAGUGUUUUGAGGCGCUCGGAAUAAUGUUUAGUAGUGACAACCGACACCUGUGGUCAUCGUUGCCGAAAUAUUAUUCAAAACCAUUGAUACUCUGGUCUUCGGCAUUGGCCCUACUGGUCAUUGUCAUCAGUGUUUUGCCCGGUGUCGCAUGGGGCCAGCAAUCCUUUGUUAGACGAACAACGAGCGUGUGCCGAGUGGAAUCGGAGUGUCCCAAUAACGCCUACUGUGAGUACUACAGCCCGUCAAACGGAUACGGAAUUUGUAUCUGCCGCCAGGGAUACUUUGUGUUGACACAGAAUUCAACACGUGAGUGCAUACGAUUCGCCACAGCCAUAGGUGAUUACUGCCAGUUGGAUGAUCAAUGCCAGUAUCUUCUCAGCACCGAUUCCGAGUGUCGUGAUAACUCCUGUCAGUGCCGCGAGGGAACCCAUUACGUUGAGCGGGAGCGCCGUUGCUACAAAACCAGCUACCUCGGCCAGUAUUGCCGGUUGACUAACAAUUGUAUCGGCGACGACACAUAUUGUCGCGAUGGAAUUUGCGUGUGUGCGGUCGGUAAACAUCCCAACAUGGGACGCAAUCUGUGCCUGCCGGAUGUUUACCUGGGAGAAAAAUGCUUCCGAGACGAGGAGUGCAUAAACGAUUAUUCCAGAUGUAACGACGUAUGUCGCUGUCGAGUUAGCCAUCUUUUGAAUCGGGAUCAGAACCAGUGUCUUCCGAUUGCCCGGAGGUUGUAUGAUUUGUGUGAAGAAGAUCUGCAGUGCCUCUACAACAUUCCGUAUUCCCGAUGCCAGAUUUCAACAACGGCCAAUGGAGAGAGCAUUGGUAAUUGUACUUGCGCCAACGGUUACCACGAAGUCGAUUAUAAGUGUCACACUACGGUGUACUUGAACGGCAUCUGCGAGGUCAACGAAAACUGUGCCCUCAGUCCGGACACAGUCUGCAUCAAUGGACGCUGUCGUUGUGCCGAUCACAUGAUCAAUGUCGAUGGUCAGUGUUCCGGAGUCGAUCGAUUAUCAGCAAAAAGGAUUUGCGUGAUUUUAAUCACCGUAUUAUUGAAUAAUUUAAAGAAAAUUCUGUUGUUGUAAAAAACCAGCUGUAAGAAUAUUCGAACUAGUUAGAAGAAAACAAUCACAGCUACAAUUUGUUAUAUAAGAGCGUAGUCAAAAUUACUUGCGAUCGGUGGAUGUAUUUUUUUCUCACACAGAGGGCAUUGUCCUUUAUGCUUCGCCAAAAUGAAUCAGCUGACAACUGUUUUCAAUAAGUUUUCGUCAUAUUUCCAAAAUAAGAACUGGGCUCAAAUGAAAAUGACGCAUGAAAAGAAUCGACCCUGCAAUAAGAAGCUUAUCCGCUAGAUUCAUAAAAUUUGGAGGUCAUUUUCAAAGGAAUAUGAACAAAAUCUUGUCCAAAGUAUGCCGCAAAGAUGUCAAGCUAUAAUUAAUGCUGAGGGUGAUAAGACCUGCUAUUAAUGUAUUUGCAUUGAAGUUUUUGACAAAAUAACUCAUUAGUAAAAAGAAUUUUCAUUAUACCUAAGUCUUUUAAUUUUCUCACAACAAGGACUACGCUCUUAUGUAACAUAAUGUAUAACUAAAACACUGUUGAUCCAAGAGCACACGAGGAUGAUUUCUUAUCUAUCAAACUAAUUUAACCCUAAUCCGCUCUUGAGUGUCAACAUGACACUAUUGGAAGUUUGGCGGCUUGUAUUUUUAUUCCGGCGCAUCCGAAUACAAAAAAUCUUCUGAAACCCUGAAUGAAUUAAUGAAAUCUAUAAUUUUGCAUAAUUAAUUUUUUAUGGACGCUCCCUGAAAGCCCAGACAAUACACCCUUGAGUGUCAAUUUGCACUCUUCGCUUAAAAUUGCUAUAUCGCUCUUGUUUCUCUAUCGAUUUUUACUAAAUUUAUCGUUUCGGACACUUCUUAAUGUAACUCAAAUUUGUUUUUCAAACAAAAUCCUGCUACAACUAUUCAUUUUUACGUUAUUCGAAUCAAAUCAACGUCUAAGAAAAAAACAAUUCGAAAAAACAUGCUUCGGAAAAAAGACCAUCUACCGAAUGCCAAAGAAAAUUUCACUUAGUGCCCAAGCCCAAGCUAAAGCAAGAAGCUAUACGUUGCGCACAAUGAUAAACUUUUUAAAAAUUUUCAAGAUAAUGACCACAAAAAUGUGAAAAAGGUGUGUAAAAACCGUACUUUUCAAUCAAUUAACCGCCAAAUUUAUUUCAGUACAGUUAAAAAAAUUAAAAAGUGGUUUGGAAAGUAGACGUAAUUUGAUACAUUUUGGCAUCUUUAGAUUCUCAAAAAACGAAAAACAAAAUUUUUGACGAAUUUUCAAAGGUAGCUACCUUUUUCGAACUUUUUAUCAAUUUGCAAUUUCUCAGAUUUUCUAACACUGAAAUUCAACUUUGCAAUGCAUUUUGAGCUUAUAUAAACGCAAGAAUUUCGCAAUAAAACUAUAUUCACUAAAAUUUCAUACCGAUUCUAGUGGUGUUAUUACAAUAACACGCUGCAAUACCUAACAAAAAUAUGAUAAAUAUAAAUAAUAAAAGUAAAUCCAGAAAAUUUACGCGUUUGUCCGUUUUCGUUCACCCGGUCGGUAUCGAAAUGUUUAAGACUUCGUUAGGUAGGGACAGCGUGUUUGGCGCAGAUAGAAAUGAAUGUAGUCAACGUUCAACGUCAAAAUACUCAACUGAUACGACACAUUCUAUGAUUCGGUCAUUUUACCGGCCCGGUUCCACCCCUUUUGAAAACAUACAAGCAGCUCCUAGCGGUAGUUUGCGCUGACUAAUGAAUGUUCAGAAAGUAUUUCACAUUUUUAUUUAUAAUUUUUUUGUAAAGUAUCACAAUGCUAAUGAAAAUAUUUCACUAGAAUCGAGUGGUAGAGAUGUACCAAAUAUUCGGCGCCGAAUACUGCCAAAAAACGUUAGGCCGAUUAUUCGACUAACCGAAUUGAUGAGCUAAGUUUCGGAUUUAAGUAUAGUUUUUUUUUUUAAAUAUUUAUUCAAUAACAAACUAGUCAAAUUUUCAUCUGAUGUUGAAUGAUUUAGAAAAUACCCAGAAGAAAAGCUGAAAAAGAUACAAAAUCAUCAAAAACUUAUGGUUUCAGUAAAACACCUAAGGCGUAUUCGUGUAAAUUUCACUGUAGAUGCUUUAUACUUUGAUUAUCGUUUAUUCCAGAUUUUCUUGAUAUAUCCAGGCUUGCCUAUAAAUCCAAUAAAGAAUUCGAGAAAAGUCAAACCUGACCAGGAUGGCCAGGUAUUGUUUAAAACUUUUCAAAUUUACUAAAUCAUAUAAAAAUCUCAAGCUGCUCUUUGAAAAUUUCUAUAUUUUGAGUUCAAAUUAAAAAUGAACAUCAAUUUUUGUUUGAUUCUUUUUAACCCUCAUCCGCAUUAUAGUGUCAUUUUGCCACUAUUGCAAAUUUGAAGGCUUGUAACUUUUUUCAGAAGCUUCAAAAAACAAAAAUUUCUUCGGGGACCAAAUGAUUUCAAAAGUUCUUGAAUAUUGUAUCUUUACUUUUUUUUUAUGGACAAACCCUGGAAGCCUGGACAAAAAAAGCUCCCUUUUCCGACUUAGAGUGUCAAUUUGACACUCCAAAUGUAAAAUCUAUAUUUUUAAGAAGAGAGAUCACCGUGAAUUUGUUUUAUGAAAUUGAUUUGCGGCUUUAUCGGUGAAGGUUAAAUAGUUGAAAUGAAAGACGGAUAGAAGAUCAGAAGAAAAUUCUGAGGUGGUGAAAAGAGCGAAGAGCAUUUGAAAUAGAAGCUUGACCACAUACUAAAUUCUUUGUCCCGCACCAAUUAACUGUAUUGAAGAAGUAGUACCCAAUAGAGGAGGCACUACGUUUUUCGAUACAGUUAAUUAUGGAUGGAUCGACCGCCAUGUGAAUGCACAUGUGUGGAACGGACUGUGCAUUUGUAUGGUCAUGAUCUUAAAAAGAUUCAAAAUCAUAUAUUAUUGUGUGUAACGCAUAGAUUCUAACUUCAGCUUUCUUGGACACAAGAUUAAUUUUUUUGAGCGUUUCCUAGCUGAUCUACAGUCUUUCUUCCGAAGCAUGUUUUUCGGGGUUUUAUUUCUUUACUUUUAAUAACGGAAAAUGAAAAAGUUGUAUAUUAUCCGAGAAACAUAUUUGAGUUACUAGGUUUCUAAAACUCUACACCUUGUAAAAAAUGGUUGAGUAACAAGAGAGCUAUAACGGUUUUAAACAGGAGUGUAAAAUUGACACUCCAGGAAUUCUAAAGGGUACACAUUUCUGGGACGGAUGAGGGUUAUCAUGGAAAAUACCUCCAAAGAAACAAGUUAAGUAUCUUUGUAAACUGUCGAUUUAUAUUAACGAUUAACCAUUACAACGCUGCAAAGUGGCUAGGGGAAUAUGUAUACGUAAUAACACUGGAAAUAUAACAACCUGUGUCAAUGGAUCAAUAAAUGAAGCUAUUUUCCAAAGAGAUGUCACCCACCACUAGCAUGUAGAGCGAUCAGAAAAUCUACUCGGGUAAAAUUUCAUGAGGGUGAGACAAGCAGUUGGCUCGAAUCGAAAGUAAUGUGUUUGAAAUACAUCUAAUCAAAACCUAUUUAAAAAUCAAACACUUUUUGAUUGAAAAAUAAUGCUGAAUACUCACUUAUUGAUCAUUGGUUUUCAAAAAUACUGCAGUUUUUCAGUUAACUUCUGGUUUUGCAAUACUUCGUUUGGUCCUACUCGAAAAACUAAUUUUGCAGUUUGAUCGUGAGAUGAUGUAGAGGGUAAAAAAAGAUAACAAAUCUUUUGUGUUUGUGUUAUAAAUGGAUUGAUUAAGAAUUAAAGAAGUACCUGUGUAUAUAAAAUCAAAUUUACUAGCUUUUUAUGACUAUAGCGACUCAACUUAUCAUUCAAGAUUUCUUAUAUUUUGUUACUCUCUAUAAUUCCAAUACGACCAACCCAAAAAUAUGUCUCGCUACUGUACCACCAUAAGUUAGCACUGCAGCAAUCAGUUUGUUUGAAGAUGCGACAGAUGGCAUAGUUUUUCCCCUCUAUCGGAAAAAUAAUGCAGAAGGUCCUUAAAUUAAUGCAUUGGCAUGUGACAAAACUCCAAAGUAAAGCCGAAUAUUCCUCAGUUAAAUUGCUAACAAGUGUUAUCACAUAGUUUUAUCAAGCUUGUUGAAAAGGACAUGUGAUUUAUGCCUUAAUAUUCUCAUUUUAAUACAAAUCACACUGUAAAUAAUUUAUAAAUAUAUAUUUGUUGUUAUAGUA